AUGGAAAAGCAAGUGUGUUCCAAAAAGAAGCUUGAUAAAGGAAAUGAAAAUCGAGAGAUCUCCGAUGGGGAACCGAAGGACUUAAAGGAGAAGCCAAGGGCUCAAAAAAAGUCAAAUACACCGAAAGAGGAGCCGAAAGAGAAACCAAAGACUGAAGAGGAAAUACCAGAUUAUGCUCGUCGAAUUACUGUUGCCCGGAAAUUGUGGCCAGUUACUACCGAGAAGGGCCUUAAGCUUAAGAACAAUGUCGAAUUCUUCAGGAUGACGAAAUUCAUGAGGUCCUUAAUUUAA